UUAUCGUGUCUCAGAUGGUGGCUGCUAAUAUUGCAGAUUUCUGCAUUAACAUUGACGAUAUUCUUGAAGUAUCUUAUAAUCUAGGCUUUAUACUUGCGUUAAUAACGACUAAUUUUAAAGCUGCGGCUAUUUAUUAUCAACAAAAUAAAUUUCGACAGCUUAUUGAUGAUGUUCAUCGACCAAUUUCGUUGUUAAAGUAUUCGUCAGACCUCGGCGUAUUGACAAUAAUCCGCACCGGGCUAGUAUUCCAAAGAUGCGACUACGGCGCCUACAUAUUCUCAGCAGCUUCAACCGUCGGUACAAACAUCCUCCCAAUGAAGCUAGUCCUGAAAACACGUCAACUUCCUGUCCGAGGAGAAUACCCCUUCAACGGAACAGUGAGUCCAAACUUCGAAAUAAUCUAUGGCGCCCAAAGUUACGCGUUGCUAGUCGCCUGUUUGUGGGUCCUCGUGUUCGACACGACGCUUCUAGGGUUUAUCCGGUGGAUCAACGUGCAAUUAGUAAUUCUUCAAGCGAAUUUCCGGCAUUGCGAUGACAUUGCCACCGGGCGAGCCAGUUUUUCAAUGUCAGACCGGAACUAUCAGAUCAUCAAGGGUUUCAGCUUGUUCGGAGUCCCGGAGGAGCAAGAAGAGAUCAGGUCCUUUAUUCCGUUCACUGAAGAAGAGGCCAACGUUGAGGACGACUCGUUCGUGAUAAGAUUCCGGUCUUGCGUGAUGCACCAUCGCCGGCUGAUUAGUCAUCUCAAUGAAUUCAAUGAUCUGUUCAAUGUCGUGUUGUUUGGACAAAUAUUGACCAGCUGUACCCUGACCUGCGUUGGAUUGUUCCAACUAGUUUUGGUGGGUAUUCUGACGUUUAUUAUAAUUAAAAAUUUUUUUAAGAAUGACAAAUUAUCAGUUAGUAUCUAUCAAAGCGGAUGGGAAAAUAAUAUUUCUAAAGAAACAAAAGGACUAAUAUUAAAUGGAUUAAUCCAAGGAUUAAUGCCGAUGAAAAUGAAAGCAGGAGCUUUUUUUAUUUUUUCCAUGAAAACUUAUCUUACGGUUAUCCGAACAUCUUACUCGUACUUCGCAAUACUUAGCACAACGACAUCUAGCGAUGACUAA